AUGUCUACCAAGCUCGUGACCGUUUUUGGCUCCACUGGCGCGCAGGGCGGCAGCGUUGUUCAGGCCCUCCUCCGCGACAAGUCCGGCGUCUUCAGGAUCCGCGGCAUCACUCGCAACCCCGAGUCCGAGGCGGCCAUCAAGCUCGCCGACUCGGGAGUGCAGGUUGUCAAAGCCGAUGGCCUCAAGGGACAUGAGCUCAAAGCUGCCUUUGAAGGCAGUUGGGCUGUAUUUGCGAACAUCAAUUCUGAUGAUCCCGAGACACAGUCUAUCAACGAAAAGGGGGGCUCUUCCGAGACAGACAUGGGCAAAAUCAUAAUCGACGCCGCCGCUGAAGCUGGCGCCCAGCACUUUAUCUUCAGCGGCAUGGCCUCCGCUGCCGAGACCACGAAGGGCGAGUUCCCGAACCAGGCCUUUGACGAGAAACAUGCCAUCGGGCAGUACGGCCGUGGCAAGUCAUUCGUCUCCUUCACUGACGUCAGCCCAGGCUGGUACAUGGAGACCUUCCUCUGGCCAGAUAUUGCUCCCAUCUUUGGCGGAUGGCCCUUCAAGGCCGACGACGAGGGGUAUCUGACUUUCAGCUGCCCGCGCUGGGAUGGAUCGGACGACGCCGUGCCGCUGAUCGCCAUGGCCGCUGACUACGGCGACAUUGUGCACGGCGUCCUGCUCGCGCCGGAGCGGUGGAACGGGCAGCUCGUGCAGGGCAUCAGCCAGUCCCAGGCGCUAGAGAGCGUGAUCCCCGAUUACAAGAAGGUCACUGGCAAGAAGGCGCGCUUCCGCUUCAUGGACAGCUGGGAGGACGUCCAAACGUACGGCGUGACGGCCCUUGUCACCGUGCAGCGCAUGUUCGGUUUCUGCCAGCAGUCGGGCGGGCUUUACUAUGGCGUACCCAACGACACGGCGGCCGCUGUCGAGCUGAAGAGGGCGGCAGCUGCGGCGCAGGGAAAGGAAGGCGAGGAUGCCGAGUUGAUGACCCUGGAGCGCUUCUUUAGACAGCAGUUUACCUAG